AUGCGCUGGGAGGGGGGGGGGAGGGGAGAGGGGGGGGGCGCGGCCCCGGUGCGGAGCUACCGCAGAGCGGGGAGGAGCCGCGGGCAGCGCCGGGCCCCGGCCGCCCGCCCCUGCACCGGGAGCCACGGCGAGCGGCCCCCCGCCCCCGGGCAUCCCCCGGCCCCGCCGCCACCCGCUGCCGCCGCCAGCUCCGGCCCGCGGGCACCCCCUCCCCCAUGGACACCCCCCUGCUCCACCGCCAAUCCCCGGGCACCCCCAUCCCUGCCCCAUGGGCAACCCCUCCCCACGGACACCCACCCGUUCCACCGCCCAUCCUCUGUCACCUCCAUUCCCUGCCCCCACGGCACCCCCUCCCCACGGACACCCCCCAUCCCUGCUCCACGGACACCCUCAUCCCUGCCCCACGAUCUCCCCCAUCGCUGCCCUACAGACACCCCCCAUCCUGCCCCACGGCACCCCCAUCCCUGCCCCACGGACACCCCAUCCACAUUCCCCUGUCACCCCCCCACCUCCCCCCAAGACUCCAGCACCCCCACGCCCGCGCGCAUCACCCAUCCCCUCCAGGGUGCCCCAUCCCUGUCCCCCCCAUUCCCCUUGUGCCCCCUGAGCACCAUCACCCCCCCCCCAAACUCCCCGUGUGCCCUCCAGCACCCCCUUUCUCCCCCCCCCAGCCCCCCCCCCAGGUCUCUCUUAAAGCCACAGUCCACUUUGCAGCGGGUGCAGCCCCGGGGCGUGGGGGCUGGGGGGGUGCAGGGGCCUUGCCCCCACCCCCCCCACCCACCCCCGGAUCCCGCUUGGAAAGUUAGGAGCGACCUGGGAUCCGGGCUUGGCCCGGGAGAGGAGCCGGGAGAGCCUUUCCCUGCCUUUCCAUCGACCCCUUUUGUGUCUGGACCUGUAUUUUUAACCCUUGUUAUCGAUUUAUUAAGGGGCGAAGCGCGUGCUGUACGUCGGUAUUUUUAGGCACGCUUCGUAGUCUUGAACAAACAGCAACAUAAUCUCUGUCUCUUGUGCUCAAACGAUUUCAGUGUGAUAAAUAAGAUGCUAAAUAAUGCAUUAUAUAUUUUUAAAAUAAAAAUUAAAGCAAGCUACGCUGACA